CUGACAGAAGCAUGAUGAGCUGAGAGGCAAACCUUCAUCAUCCUUCAUAUGUUCAUGUUGCAUGGGUUAAAAGUUAAGAGCUGAUGUCUACUGAUCCUGAAUGUUUCCUACAAACAUCUAAAAUGUGGAUGCUACCAAAACGUGUGGGGAAAUAACUUUUCAGUGUUGGAAUAUCUACAGAAAACAGAUGGAAUGGAAUUCACUGGAUACUAAAUCUUUAAAUGAUUUUUAAAUGGGUACUGAAUACUUCAGUUAACUGGGGUCAGUGCAUUUGCCUUUGUUGUGUAUUUUUUUUCCUUUUUGUGUGUGUGUGGGGGGGGAAAUGCAAAGUUCACAGGUUUUUUUCUGUUACCUGAUCAGGGCAAAAUAAACAAAAAUGCUGAAUCUGGAAGAAAUUGGGUAUUGGAGACACCUGGAAAUAAACUGGAAACAACCAAUACCACAAGACGAAGCAGCAGUGAACAACAAGACGCUGUGGAAAAAGAAAUCACAAGACGUGAGUGCACAAUGCAUUUCAAAUAGAAAAAAGCUUCCUAUCUGCUGAGUGAGUCUCAGUAUAUCCUGACAGAGCACAGAUAAAGCUUCAGUCAAGUAUCUCCUAGCUGUCUCCAAAAGAGUAUUUUCAAGUACAGAAAGCAAUAUGCAACAGUGCUAAGAUCCUGCUGACAAUACACCAAGAACAAGAAUGGAAGUAGAUUUAUUCAGCAAUUCUACUGUUGUAAACAGUUCAUCCAUCAACCAUAAGCAGUUAGAAGGGCACAGCCUUUGGGAAGUCAUUACUAUUGCCACUGUAACCGCAAUUGUAAGCUUAAUAACCAUAGUGGGAAAUAUUCUGGUAAUGAUAUCCUUCAAGGUUAACAGUCAGCUCAAAACUGUCAACAAUUAUUACUUGCUCAGCCUCGCCUGUGCAGAUCUCAUCAUUGGAAUAUUUUCUAUGAACCUUUAUACAUCUUACAUACUCAUAGGUCAUUGGUCUCUUGGAAGCCUUGCCUGUGAUCUCUGGCUAGCACUGGACUAUGUAGCUAGCAACGCUUCAGUAAUGAACCUCCUAGUCAUCAGUUUUGACAGAUAUUUUUCCAUCACGAGGCCUUUAACUUACAGGGCCAAGCGCACACCCAAAAGAGCUGGCAUCAUGAUUGGUCUGGCUUGGCUCAUUUCCUUUGUGUUGUGGGCACCUGUGAUAUUGUGCUGGCAGUAUUUUGUGGGUGAACGAACAGUGCCACCAGAAGAGUGCCAGAUACAGUUUUUGUAUGAGCCUAUUAUCACCUUUGGUACUGCAAUUGCUGCUUUUUACAUUCCAGUGUCUGUGAUGACCAUUCUGUAUUGCCGCAUCUAUAAAGAGACAGAGAAACGUACCAAGGAUCUUGCUGAACUGCAGGGUUCAGAGUCUGUGGCAGAGUUUGAGAUGAUAAAGCCUCAGAAAGCUCUCCUGAAGUCUUGUUUCAGUUGCAAGCAACCAAACAUAGUCAAAAGAGAGAGGUGCCAGGCUUCCUGGUCUUCAUCUAGUCGAAGUACGUCAGCUACAGUGAAAGUCUCUCAGGCAGCAAGUACUUGUAAUGACUGGGCUAAGGCUGACCAGUUAACCACCUGCAGCAGCUACACAUCUUCAGAGGAGGAGGAUAAACUUGCUGCUGAUUCCGUUUUCCAAGUAUCUUACAAAAGUCCAUCUAAAGGUAAGGCAGAAGAGUUUAAUGAGAGUAUGGAUGUUGUUGUCAAAGACCAACCUGAGGAAAAUGACUUUGAGAACCAGCAAUACUUUUUAUCACCUGCCAAAAGCCAUGUACAAAAAAGUAAAAAAUGUGUAUCCUAUAAAUUCCGGUUGGUGGUUAAGGCUGAUGGCACUCAGGAAGCCAACAAUGGUUGCAGUAAAGUAAAAAUAACUCCUUGUUCUGCUGCUGUGCCAAAGGAUCCUUCCAUCAAAAGUAUGGAUCCAAAUAUAAAUAACCAAAUCACCAAAAGGAAACGGAUGGUUCUUAUAAAGGAACGCAAAGCAGCACAGACUUUAAGUGCUAUUCUUUUGGCUUUUAUCAUCACAUGGACUCCCUACAACAUCAUGGUUUUGAUCUCCACAUUCUGCUCUGACUGCAUUCCUCUGACUCUCUGGCACCUUGGAUAUUGGCUAUGUUAUGUGAACAGCACUGUUAACCCCAUGUGUUAUGCCCUCUGUAACAAAACUUUCAGGAAAACUUUCAAGAUGCUGCUUUUCUGCCAGUGGAAAAAGAAAAAAGUGGAAGAGAAACUAUACUGGCAGGGCAAUACCAGACUGCCAUGAUUGCUCUUAUAUAGGUGAUAAGGGGCAAAAUAGAUAUUAAUGUAUCCUAGUAAAUUGACUUUUCAAGACUUACGUCUUUUCAAAGCUGUUGCUUUAUAUGUCUAGGGGUUAAAAAAUUUUUGCAGAAAAGUAAAAUUUUGCAUGAAAGUAGUGUGCUUGGGAUAAAGAAGUCAGGAGCUGCUGUGAGCAGCACAGGGUGUCUGUGAUAAUGGAGUACAUCUAUGUUAAAGAUACUAAGUUUGGG